AUGUUUGGAAAGAAGCCAUCAUGUUCAAAUACAAGUAGUACACCCAAAAGAGCACGGAAAGGAAUUAGUUUGGACUAUAAACUUGAUGUUUUGAAGAGGUUUGAUGCCAGAGAGGAACUAUUGCUAAAAAGUAAAAGUAAAACUUUAGGGCUUUGCUACCUCUACACUCAGACUACAGUGGGAACAAUAGGUUAUAAUAAAGAAAAAAUCAAGGGAAGUGCUAAAGUAGCUACACCUCUAAGUGCUCGUACAUUAUAUUUUCAUAGAAGUGAAGUGAUGCCUAAUAUGGAAAGGCUCCUGAGUGUGUGGAUUGAGUACCAGAUCCAAC